UCUGUCGCUCCGGUUUACCAUGACGCGUGCGUUUGUGUCAUAAUGUAACAGUCGGACAUUAUUUCAAUCACAUGCUCUUGCAAUGGCAUAGGAUAAGGAAUUACAUAGUUUUUCAUUGGAAGAUAAAGGAUGGCGGCGCAAUUCGAAGCUCAGCCUGACUACAUCCACCAGGAUAUCAAGGAAUGUGUCGAUGUCCUGAAAGUAAUGGGGGUUACCAAAUUUAGCAAACAUCUUCAACGUGAAUUAGACAUGUGGAAACAUACAGACUUGAAUAUUGCAGUUGUCGGAAAUUCAGGAGCUGGAAAAUCAUCCUUGAUCAAUGCUAUUCUUGAUUUAGAAACGGAUGAUGACGGCAUGGCAAAAGUUGGCGUGGUUGAGACAACAAAAACGGUUACGACAUACAGAAAUAAUAACCGACCAAAUCUGGCUUUACAUGAUUUUCCUGGGGUUGGAACACCAAAUUAUCCACAAAAAGGCUACUUCGAUAAGAUAGGUCAUAAGCUCAGUGAAUACGAUUUCUUUUUAAUUGUAUCAAGCGACAGAUUUACCGAAUAUGAUCUAUGGUUUGCGAAACAGAUAAAAAGAGACGAGAAACAUUUUUACUUCGUGAGGACGCACAUCGAUUUGAGUAUCUACAAAGACAAGAGACCAGGUCCCAAAAAGCUUAAAGCCAAAAAGGUAAUGGAGGAAGUGAAAAAGAGCAUAUACGAACCACUGAAAAAGGAGGGAGUAAUCGAUGACGAUUGUCACAUUUUUCUGAUAAACAACGAUGCAAAACUAGAGUUUGACUUCGAAAGGCUGUUACAAACCCUUAUUAAAGACUCACCGGUCCUCAAAAGGCAAACAAUGAUCCUUUCGUUAGCGGCCGAUGUCGAUGAAACAAUAAACGAGAAAGUGAAAAUCUUGAAAGGAAGGAUGUACAAAGUUGCAUUACUGGCUUCAUCAGGAUCAGCCGUACCCGUACCAGGCGUUGGGCUUGCGGCGGAAGCAGCAGUUCUCUAUAAAGAAGGUUGUUUUUAUCGCGAACAGCUUGGCAUAGAUGAUAAGGGUCUCAGAAGAUUAUCAAAUCAUUUGAACAUCGAAAUUGAACAAUUAAUGAAAAACUUUCAUUUGGAGUCCCAUUUGGUUUUGAUAUCAGCAAAAGAGUUAAUUAAAUGGGCAUCUGUACAUGUGGUUUCAGAAGCACUUGAAGAUAUUUCAAAGUUGAUAUUACCAGUACUUGGCAGUCUUAUUUCGGCGGUAGCAAGUUUUCCGCUUUGUUUGAACACUUUGAAUAAGCUUCUGACCAUGUGUGAAACUGAGGCGCGACAAUUACACAACGAAGUUGCACGAUCUGUUUUAAACGACGACAUAAGACAGUGAUUUGAUAAAGAAUUCAUUUUCUGAAUAUGAUGAAGGAACGACCGAUUAAGUGCAAGAGUGAAUUAAAUAUCGCCAUAGAAUAUUAGUGAUACUCCUAGUGCCUUCAUCAGACGGUAUUCUUUCUCUAGACAUGAUAAAUGUCAUCGUAAGCGUAUCAGCUUGAUAUAAAAUAUCUGCACUUUUUAUAAUGGACAAAUGGAUAGUGUCCUGUAUCAUGCGUAGUAUUGUUAUACACCGGGUACAAGGCGUGAAUGAAAAUAACUAAGUGCCCUGUAAUUUGAAUGGUUGCAGAGUAUCAGUACCUGAUUAUUGUAACAGGUAUCCAUUUUAUGUUCAAAUUCUGGAUGUUUGUACAUUAUAUUUCUCAUGUAACUCGUUUGAUAAUAUAUAAUUUCUAUGGUAUUUGGUGUGCAUGACUGCUUUAUUUAAUACCUUUGUAUUUGUUUCAUCAAUUACAAAGUAUCUCAUAUUGUGCGACAUUGCACUUUCAGUCAUCCAUUAUCUAAGCGUUCUUAUUGUUUUACAUUUUUAUAUAAUUAUGCGAGUUCUAAUAAUGAUUUAUAUUAUUAUAGGAUUGGUUCAACAUUCAAUGAUUGUUUUGUUUUAUUGAACAAUUGCAUGACACAUUUGAAUUACUAAAUAUUUUUCAUCGUUUUGCACUUGCUUGACAUAUUUGUAUUUACUUUGUACUAAUAAUAUCAGACCCUGUGCUUUGUUUGCACAGCAACACAAUAAUACUUGAAAUAUGUAUAUAGUUUGACGGAUACAAAUACUGUUUUUGAUUGUUUUAGUUUUUAUUUGUGUUUCAAAAAUCAAAAUUAAUCUUUAUUUCGAUUAUAACGUUUGUAACUAAAUUCAUCUGGAUUAAGUUUACAUGUGCUUUUUAUCUUGAAAUAUAAUUUUUAAUAAAAAAAUAAUUUCGCCUGUUUAUCACCCACACAGUAAAGAUUUUACCUUAUUAUUAUGCCCCCCUUCGAAGAAGAGGGGUAUAUUGCUUUGCACAGGCAUGUCGGUAUGUCGGUCGGUCGGUCCGUCGGUAGACCAAAGCUUGUCCGAGUGAUAACUCAAAAAUUCCUGGACGUAUGGUCAUCAAACUUCACAUGAAGGUUGGGCCUGACCAGUAGAUGACCCCUAUUGAUUUUGGGGGUCAUCGGGUCAAAGGUCAAGGUCACAGUGACCUUUAAUGGUAAAAUAAUUUUAAAGCUUGUCCGAGUGAUAACUCAACAAUGCCUGCACCCAUGGCCCUCAAACUUGACAUGAAGGUUGGGCCUGACCAGUAGAUGACCCCUAUUGUUUUUGGGGGUCAUCAGGCCAAAGGUCAAGGUCACAGUGACCUUGAAUGGUAAAAGGUUGUCCAAGUGAUAACGUGACAAUGCCUGCACCCAUGGCCCUCAAACUUGACAUGGAGGUUGGGCCUGACCAGUAGCUGACCCCUAUUGUUUUUGGGGGUCAUCAGGCCAAAGGUCAAGGUCACAGUGACCUUGAAUGGUAAAAGGUUGUCCGAGUGAUAACGUGACAAUGCCUGCACCCAUGGCCCUCAAACUUGACUUGGAGGUUGGGCCUGACCAGUAGAUGACCCCUAUUGUUUUUGGGCUCAAUGGGUCAAAGGUCAAGGUCACAGUGACCUUGAAUGGUAAAAGGUUGUCCGAGUGAUAACUCAACAAUGCCUGCACCCAUGGCCCUCAAACUUGACUUGGAGGUUGGGCCUGACCAGUAGAUGACCCCUAUGGUUUUUGGGGGUCAUUGGGCCAAAGGUCAAGGUCACAGUGACCUUGAAUGGUAAAAGGUUGUCCGAUUGAUAACUAAACAAUGCCUGCACCCAUGGCCCUCAAACUUGACAUGGAGAAUUGGCCUGACCAGGAGAUGACCCCUAUGGUUUUGGGGGGUCAUCUGGCCAAAGGUCAAGGUCACAGUGACCUGGAAUGGUAAAAG